GGCUAGCUCUACCUAGCGUCACGAAUUUCUCCAAGUAUAGAUGUGAAAAUCAGUUGAUACCGACGCGCGAAAUUUUACUUUAUCGCAGCAUAUUCAAAUGUAAUCAGCUACUCACGCAUUCGGGCGGUUUUAACGUGGUUUCACCAAACUUUCAGCCGUCGCGAAGCUUCAGCUUAUUCCUUAAAUUCAAACGAGUUAAUUGCAAGGGACACGAAGAGUGAAUACAGUGAAAGUGAUUCGAUAAAUUCACGAUGAACAUGAUCAUAAUGAUCUGGCACGGAAAUAUGCUGACGAUACUUAUUUUACUCGUGGUCUCGUUUUCAUCGAUUUGGUGCAGAAACGAUCCCACGGGGAUCGUGGACCUUGGAUCUCUGGACCCGUCCAACACCUCCAGCCUGUCGGCAAUAACAUCACUAUCAUCACUAUCCCUCAACGGGAUGUAUUGGGAUCCUAUAUCCAAGAAUAAUAAUAAUGUGAUAAAGCAGUCCAUCGACACAAGGAUUGCCGUGAAAACUGUUCUGCCGGUGGCCGUGAGGGAAGGCAGAUCAGCUGUGAAUGACAUGGUAUCAAAAAAUAUUACCAUGGUUCUCGAAAAUUUGUUGAAGAACUACGAGAAUAAUCAACUUCCUACCCACGGAAAAGGUAUGCCAACCGUGGUGAAAACUAACAUUCUUAUCAGAAGUAUGGGUCCCAUUUCGGAACUUGAUAUGGAUUACUCUAUGGAUUGUUAUUUCCGACAAUACUGGCGUGACUCGCGACUCAGUUUUUUGGGACCAAUAAAAUCUCUGAGUCUCAGUAUUAAAAUGUUGGAAAGAAUUUGGAGACCAGACACUUACUUUUACAAUGGAAAACACAGCUACGUUCACACGAUAACCGUACCAAACAAGUUACUACGCAUUUCUCAGGAUGGUGACAUUCUCUACUCGAUGAGGCUUACAAUAAAAGCAAAGUGUCCAAUGGAAUUGAGAAACUUUCCGAUGGAUCGACAAUCCUGCCCCUUGAUUUUGGGAAGCUAUGCCUACACAUCAAGACAGUUGAUUUAUGAAUGGCAGCAGGGUGCCUCGGUAAACUUUGUACCAGGGAUGACGCUUUCGCAAUUUGACCUCAUGGGCUCACCUUAUCGUAACUUGACCUUCACUAGAAGCGAAGGUGACUUUUCGGUACUGCAGGUGUCCUUCAAUCUGCAACGACAUACCGGUUACUUUCUCAUCCAGGUUUACGUACCUUGCGUGCUGAUCGUUGUACUGAGCUGGGUUUCAUUUUGGAUUCAUCGCGAGGCGACUAGUGACCGAGUGGGACUAGGAAUAACAACCGUGCUGACUCUAUCGACCAUAAGUCUGGAUUCGCGUACAGAUCUUCCGAAGGUCAAGUACGCUACGGCUCUCGACUGGUUCCUACUGAUGAGCUUCUUUUACUGCAUUGCAACUCUUUUGGAAUUCGCAGGCGUCCAUUACUUCACUAAGGUAGGGAGCGGUGAAUUCUCUGUGGAUGAAGAGGAUAAUUGGGAUGACGAUUUCGAAGAACCCAUAGGUACUCUCGCUUCGGUACCUCGUAGCUUGCGGAUGAAUCACAGACUGAUAUCCAAAAGGCGCAGCUCCCUGAUUUGUCCCAUAUCUAAUGGUACACUAGGCUCUGCGACCAGCUUGGGUAUCCGCUCACCCCAGGAUGCUCCAAACGUAACGUUAAUGGAAAGGCAGACGCAGACGGAACGUACGUUGCCGAAAUGGAGACAAUUCCUGUAUUGUUUGGCUGGCGACGAUGGUUACAGGAGGCAAAGACAACGAGAAGCUACAGCCGGGAUCUGCGGCCGACUCGGGCAGUCCGUCAACAGACACGUGAACAGUGUAUCGUACAUUGACAGAGCAGCUAGAAUCUGUUUCCCUGCCUCGUUCGGGCUUCUCAAUGUAUGCUACUGGAUGUUAUACGUCACCUGGCAGGACGAAUUCAAAUGGCAGGAUCCACCGAUCGCUUUCUUUUCUCACUGACUCCGUGUCCUGGCAUGCGGGAUCUUAUUACAAUAUCCAUAUUAUCUCAAUCUUCGCAUUCCUCGUGACAAUUGAAAUCACCAUUACGAAUUAUCCAUAAGCCAUAAGCGUUGUAUAGACUUGCCGUAAGUUUUCUAGUUCCGAGUAGAAUGACAAUUUGAAAAAGUGUAGAGGGUAAAUUGAAUCUCCAAUUAUGCGUGUUAUUGUUCAAUCGUCCGCUGAUUGGCUCAAUGUAUGCAUGUUUACUCACCCACCUGUUAAUUAAUUAAUUGGGCGAGAUCCGUCUAGCGUUUGAUUGCCGAUUGUGCGUCAACACUGCUGAGUUUGCACUCGUGGCAGGGUUCAUUGUCAACUGACAAGAUGUAACAGCUCAUAUUCGCAACAGUUUUCUAUCGCAGCCUAUCCCGCAAAGCACUAGAUAUUUCAAAAAUGUUGCAAAAACUUUUUAUUCCAUAUAUUUCAUUUCAAGUGUUUCCCAAAUAUUUUUUAUUUUUUCUACUUACUAUUUAAAUCUAUGAUAUCGUCAUUGUUUUCAGUUAUAACAAAGACACAUUAUGGCUUGCCCAUUUUCACGCCGUUGACUUGUUGGCAGAAGAGCCACUGAACGCUGUUAAUAUAUUCAAUGACUUUCUCACGUUACGCAAUUAUAUGCACUAUUGGACUACGUAUAAUUUUAUUCUAUCUUAU